UCGGUUGACGUGUAAAACAGGAACUCGAUCUGAGAGAGGCAUAGAGAAGUGGUGUGUUGGCAUUUUGGAUAAAUAGAGAUCGAAGUACAAUAAAACUGUCAAUUAUAUCGUCCCGCGUGUCCACAAACAACAGCCAGGCAUUUCGUAAUGCAGAAACACCUCUACUAAGCGACAUAUUCUCCCGAUAAACAAGAGCAGUGCUGAGGAAGGAGAAUGGGGAAGAAGGAUGCCAGUGCGACCGGAUUACCAGUUGAUCAGUACCGAAAACAGAUCGGUAAGCAGGACUACAAAAAGACAAAGCCAGCCUUGAAGGCCACACGGCUGAAGGCUGAAGCAAAGAAGUAUUCCUCUGGAUUCAGGGAUGCAUUCCUGGUCAUUGCCGCAAUCCUGUUCUUUGUCCUGUGUAUCUACGCCUUCUUCUACCUCAACCUGAGUACCGAGCUCAACCUGGACUUGGAUUAAUUAAAGGUGGACCGUGUGCUGAAGACGUCUUGUCUCUACACAUCAAACACGAGGACGGGACACAGUCUGUCAGCUUUUUUACACACUUUUGGUGACACGGUGACAAUGGACUGCCUCUUUAGGUGAAAUGAGAAAAUGCAUCAAAUAACAAUAAAUAAGUGUCAGGCCAUAUUCUUGAAACUUGCAUCAUCUCUACCAUUUUAAUUUCUUCUUUCCCUUUAAUUUCUGCAGGGGAGCACACAAACUGUAAUCAUUAUUAUACUGACACGUAUUAUACUAUGGUUCUACAUCCAUAAAUGUUAGUUUCUUCUAUUCUUUCCCUGAGCCCACAUCUGGGAGCUUUGUGUCUCUUUCCCUAAAAAAUUCAGUGACCUCUUGCUUCGUGGCACUUUAACAUUCUGAUGCAAAAACAGCAAAGAAAAUGAGCCUCUUCUUCAAAACUACGGUUGAGACCAAGCCUCUUGUUACAGUAGUCAUAUUUUGCAGAAUCACAUCCCACUGUUUUCUCCACUAAUAGAAAAAUGUAAAUCUCCCGCUGAACCUCUCGUCACAUCCAGACAAACACUUGCCUCACAUUCCAGUGCACAAACCUCUCCUCCCGUAUAUCUGGAGAUCACAAAGUGUGAGAUUAGAAUCCACAAAGCCCUCGCCCUGAUUGAAUGUGUGUGCAGAAUACAGAACACAUUCUACCUGCCACACAUACACACAGCGCGGAGACAGACAUCCACAGGAUUAGCAUUACAAAGAUGAUCCUGUUCUUUCAUUUGAAUGAAAAUUACAGAGAUGAGUGAUGACUGAAUGGAGGUGAGCCUGUAUGUUUCUCAUAAGGAAAACCAUGACAAUUUUCCUGUCUUGUCAAAUGUAUGUAUUGUUGUCCCCUUAAAGAUGUGAUGUGUCUAUAUGAAUAGUUGUGUCAAAGCCUCUGUAUCUCUACUCUUUGUGCACUAGUGCUGCAAGGUGCAAGGACUGACCUUCCAUUAACCAUUUCAGUCAAAGUGCUUCCAAGGUUUUCUUUGUUGGCGAAGGAAUGCAGAGUCAGGGGCUUUUAUUUCAUCCAUUUGCUUGCAAAUUUGUUCAUUUAUUUCCUUUUUUGUUCAUUAUUAUCAUUUCAGCAAUAGCAAUACUGUUCUCUAAAAGGCAAUUGAUGCACUGUUUAGGAUAUUACUCUUAUAUUAGUGAAAUGCAUAAAAGGCCAAUACCAAAAACACAAGAGGCCUUGUGACAUUUUUAUUUUUCUUCCACUGAGUGUCUUUUAAAAACAAGUCUUGUCUUUGUGCCUGACUGUGUUCUGUGGCUAAGAGGAAAUGUGAGACAGAUUUUGAGCUUUCAGUUUCUGCCUCUGUUCCCCCCCCCCUUUUUCUCCCAUGACCUCCCGACCUCUGGUAAAGACUACAUGUCCAAGAAACCAUUAUGGUAAGCAUGCCUCCCAGUGGCUUUUAUCUGGCCUUGGUACAUCCAGACCCCCCCUCCUCCACCACUGUGAGCCACUCACAUGUGUAACCAUAGAUAGUCCUAGACCUCACAGACCUUCAUAUGUGACACCCGUUAUCUAAAAGGUCACCAUUACCAACUACAAGAGCUCCGACAUCCACACAAUGGAAAGAUCUGGCAGCACAGCCUAUUUAUUUUUUCGGCAAUUUGAGAUGCAGGCUGUUUUAGAAGUGGUUUGUGUGGUAUAUAAACAUUUUACGGUUUGCUUUUUCCUUAUGAUUCGGUUACAGGAUAAUAUGUGAUAUAUUAGGAGUUAUCUUUCUGUGUGUUUUUGUUAAAUUGCUUUACAAAUCAAAACCUCUUUGUAAGGAAAUAUAAAUAAUGCAUAAUGCGAAAGAAGAUUAAAGGACCUUUUCAGUUUUUCAGUAA